AUGUUCGAGGCACCCGCUACCCCGGGUCUCCAGUCGCCUAGCCUGACAAUGGUUGGAGGUAGGGACCAGAGGCUGGCGCAGCAGCAGCAGCAGCAGCAAAGGUGGCAGCAGCACCCUGUGCUUCGCCGAACCCACAGCCUUCCCGCCGAGGACGAGAGUGGGGGGGAGCCUGUAGCGGCGGCGGCCGUGGCGUCUACCGGCCGCCUCGACGGCAACGACCGGGCUUCCCCCAGGGGUGGCGUGGCGCCGCAGAGCCGCUCCUUCGGCGCCCCUUUGGCCAUGCCGGUGCCGUUGCAAGCGCCUCGCGCUCAGGGAUGUAUGCAGGCCCCUCCGCCGAACGCCCCGCCUGCCGGGCUUCGCCUGCAGAUGUGCGGCCUAACCAACACGCCCAUGUCGGCGCCUGUUACCCCGGUCAUGGUCUACGCCCCCGGUCACGGGUACAUGAUGGCCUACCCGCCUGUCAACGUCCCUAGUGUCCAAACCCCUCGGUCUACGCGCUCUCAGGCAUCUAAGGCGUGGGACCCUUACGAGUGUGUGUCUCCCUCGGGAGAGAGCACCCACGCUGGCUUUGGACGCAGGGGAAAAGAGACGCCCGAUUUGUCGCCGGAAGGGUCUCCUGUAGCACUUUCGUCGGCCAUGUCGGUCUCGUCGCGCGGCAGCCUGAGCAAGCAAGGAGGAAGAGGAGACGACGAUGCGUCACAGGGGCUGAGAUCGCGUGCGUCUUCAGUGAUAUCGGAUGUGAUCGAGGGCGGCGUCCUCAACGACGAUAGCCGACAGAACAAAGCUAGCAGCCAGCCUUCUCUGGCCAACCCGGCUCUUCUCCCGCUCGAAGGGAAGACCGACAACGAGGACGGAUCGUACAAGACGCCCAUCCGCCUCCGAUUGAGCUGCGAAACCUCGGCGGGCGGUACCGCAACCGACGGGGAGGACAAGGAGAACUCUCAGGUCGGGGCCGGGUUCGUGGGCGGAGGGAAGAAGAGGGAGGGCGAGGCCGUCUUGGAGGCAAAGAAGCAGCUUUCGGGCCAGAAGCGAGCGGGCGGAGAUAUCGACAUCGAGAAACAGAAGUCGUUUACCGGGAGCUACUUCCAGGUCUCGCCAAGCUCCUUCCUUCAGUCCAGCAAGCGCCAGCGAAACUUCGCUUAGUUACUCGAGUACCGAGUAGCAUCCCGGCAUCGGCGAGGCAACACACACCGCGCAACCGUUGACUUCUAUUCCCAACCAACCUGGCCGGGUCGUUUCGUUGGCGACACGUUCUUGUUCCUGGAAGACAUGGGACACUCAAUCAAGCGGUUUCUCAUCGGCUUGUUCUCGAAAGCUUUCUCGACGUCGUGCACUUGCCUUCCGUGUUCAGCACGCGUAGUCUAGGUGGAGCUCCUUGGGGGCCGUAGCUUGGUCGAAAGUAGUUAUGGUGGGACAUAAUGGUGCCAUUCUUUCGUGAAAUGAAACCGCCGAAAAUGUUGCUAAUAGUGUAGUUUCAGCAGGGAUGCAGGCUGAGGUAGGUCCAUUCGGGGAUUUGGACCGCUGCAAGUUUGCUAGAUGAAAUAUUGAAUGCUCCUGUUGUCCGUGUGGCAUGUGAUCUCAUACUAA